AUGACGGGUAUCAAUCAGAUUGGCGGCCGAUACACGACCAGCCGCCUCAACCGUCACAGUAGUGGUGGCAAUGUAGACAUGACUUCCAGCGGCCACAGCAACACGAAGCGCUCCGUUUUCUCAUCCUCUGCCCAUACCGGACGUCCUUCCGUGCCGUCGUCCACCUUCAACUUGUUCAGAUCCAGGCAUGACCAACCGGGCAAACGCAGAGCCGUCGAGCAGAUCCUAGCGUCCCAGGCAGAAAAGAAAAAGGCUAAGCCCGGACCGGAGACCAAGCACGCAACCAAUGCAGAAAUUGACCACGUCCAGCCUUAUGGAGGGACAGCUGAUGAGGCACGCCUGGAGGACCACGCCGCGCUUGCAGAGAAGAAGCGUUUCAGAGACAUGCGAUCAUUUCUCUUACAGCAGAACGAUUGGACCGGUGCAUGCAUGUCUAAAGAUCUGAAAGAGACCGCGGACCGUCCGCUUAUCCCGCCACCCAAUUCUUCGUUGUCACGUGCCGAGGGGGUACCGUUGGCUGAGAGGGAAUGCUAUCGUUUGCCGACACCCCUCCAGCUGAUCAUACCGGAGCAAAACCAGUCCCAAAUAAAUGCUUGGGAUGCGCCUGAUGACAGUGCUCUUUCGGCGAGCAACACUCAGUACAGAUCAAAGAGCUCACCUCCGGUCGCGCUGACGAGCAACACAGACAUUCUACCCUAUUCUGAAGGUCAGGAUCACAGUGACUGUGCAUACAGCGACCGCUCGUCCUUGCCUGACCUCUCUCCUACCGAUCCUGUCGACACCGAGAAUUUGCACGCUGCAUGCGAUCGGCAUAUGCAUUGCGACUCAUCACCUCCGCCCCUUUCGUCCUCUGAAAGAACAGCAGCUGACAUGACCGCCACAUUCGCGUACGAGAGCGUGGAAGAGAUGGAGGAUGAGGUAGCACAGCUCGUUGGAGGUCGCAGAGUCUCGUCAUCCUCUUUAGUCCAGAUACCUCGGUUGCCCUCGAUCAUAGUUGCGACCGUUGCGGAUGCUGGUGAUGUCAACAUGGAAAAGACACCCACCUUUGCGGAGCUUCGAUCUGAGCACAGAAUCCAUGAGAUCAAGUCGCAUUCAGAGCCUGAUCUGGCCAAAGAUGCGGCUGCCAACGAGCAGUUUCUGAAUACAGUCACUGAACAUCGACGAACUGAGCGGUGUUCACCCGCGGCUCGGGAACAGCCAGAGGACGUUCAGCCUUCAAGAAGCCACGCAGAGGAGCAACAUCACGACGUCGAAGACAGUAAGACGCCCGAAGUGGAGGAACACCUCUCCACGUUCGAACACGCCCAGAGACUUGCGCAGCUCGAGAAGGAGUUGCAAGCAGGAGAGGAGAGACUUCAAGCGAGGAUGCGUGCUGCGCUACUUGGACGUAGGAUGCAAUGA